GGCAAGGCGACGAAGAAACACCGUCGGGGUGGGCUCACCUCACCCGGCAUCCUGUACCGAGGGAUCGGGGGCACCGUCUUACCGGACGACAUCGUGGAGGGCCUCACGCGGUUCCGCCAGCCGGUGAAGAAGGGAGCAAGGAUCGACGUGUGGUGGCUGUACGACGACGGGGGGCUCACCAUCCUCAUCCCGUACAUCCUGACUCAGAGGAGGCAGUUCUCUUCAGCCUCCCUCCGGGUCUUCUCCCUCGCUUCCUCCAGGGGGGAACUCGAAUACGAGCAGAGAAGCAUGGCGGCGCUGCUUAGCAAGUUCCGGAUCGACUGCAGCGACGUCGUCGUCAUUCCCGACGUCCAGAAGAAGGCCGGAGACGACACGCGGGGGGACUUCGACGCUCUCAUCGAGCCUUUCAAGGAGAAAGCCGACGAAUCC